AUGUCAUUUAUGAUCGACAACAUUCUUGGUUCAUCAUUGACAUCAACAAAUAUAAAACGAAGACCACUUGAAACAUUAACAAAUACUCUUAUAAAUGUCUCCUUGAAUAGUAAACAAAAAGAACGUCGUAUGUGGAAAUGUGAAAUAUGUGAAAAAUCAUUUGAUCGUCCAUCAUUAUUAACACGACAUAUUCGUACUCAUACAGGUGAAAAACCACAUGAAUGUGAUGUAUGUUCAAAAGCAUUUUCAACAUCAUCAUCAUUAAAUACUCAUCGUCGUAUUCAUUCAGGUGAAAAACCACAUAUUUGUGAUAUAUGUAAUAAACGUUUUACUGCAUCAUCAAAUCUUUAUUAUCAUAAAUUAACUCAUAGCAAAACAACGAUGAUGUUUGAUAAGGAAGACAAAUAA